GCUAUUAGGCAGGCACUGGCGAAGACAGCUUUGCUUGGGUGACGUCACCCCGAGCGAGCCAAGCGACGAGGGGGCUUUCCAGCUGGAGCGACGCAGCGACUGCAGCUGGCGAGAUGGCCGCGCGUGUGUUGAGCGCCGCGCUGAAUGGAAUGCGAAGGGACAGAAGCUUUAGCACGACUGCUGUUGUCUGCAAACUGGGGAUACCUCUGGGACCAAUGCCUAAUGAAGAUAUUGAUGUCAGUAACUUGGAAGUAUUGGAAAAGUAUCGCACCUUCACCCGUUACUUCAAGGAAGCAGAAAAAGAGAGUAAGAAGCCUCAUUGGUGGAAAUCCUACAAGAAAUACAUCACUCCUCAACAAGAUGAAGAGGCAAAGAUAAACAUUGGCCUACCUUAUCAUCUACAGUCAUGGGAAAAAAAAUAUGAAGAGAGAAAAGCCAUAAUGAAACAAAAUUUCACGAAUAUGGAAAUGGAAAGGGCAUCCCGUCUCAGGACAUUGUUGAUUCCACUUGAUGAAAGCAGGGCGGAAUGGGAGAAUACCAGCGGCCCAUAUCACAAGCAGCGAGUUGCAGAACACUAUGGACUGUAUCGAGAUUUGUUUAAUGAUGCCACAUUUGUUCCCCGAGUUCAUCUUAAAGUAGAAUACAACCAUGAUGAGGAACAUGUUAUGCCAGUUUAUCAUGGGAAUAUGAUUACACCCACAGAGACUUUAAAUCCUCCCAAAGUCACAUUUCAGGCAGAUGAAGGAUCUUUAUGGACCCUGCUUCUCACUAACCUGGAUGGGCACCUGCGUGAUACCAAUUCAGAGUAUGUCCACUGGCUGGUGGCAAACAUUCCGGGCAAUCAAAUAGAAACAGGCAAGGAACUUUGCCAUUACUUUCCUGCAUUCCCUGCUAAAGGAACUGGAUACCAUCGCUACGUUUUCAUUCUCUUCAAGCAGCUCCAGCAAAUUGAUUUUACGGAAGAAAUGCGUCCAAAACCUUGCCACAGCCUUAAGAUGAGAACCUUCAGAACAUUUGACUUCUACAAAAAGUAUCAGAAUGAUAUGACACCAGCAGGGCUGGCAUUUUUCCAGUGCCAGUGGGAUGAUUCUGUUACACAGAUCUUUCACCAGCUUCUCGUCAUGAAAGAGCCAGUGUUUGACUUUGUGCGACCCCCCAAAUACCACCCCCCACAGAAGAAGUUUCCACACCGACAGCCUCUGAGGUAUCUGGAUAGGUACAGGGACAGUGAUGAGCUCACUUACAAAAUUUACUGAGGUGUCUGACACCUGCCUUUUCAAGAUGGCCCUGGACAGAGCUGCCACUAUGCCACAAAGAAUACUUCUGCAGAACAGUUCACAAAGUGGAAGUUUAAGAACCAUGGUUGGAUUUGAUCCAAAGCACCACUGGUAUUCCUGACUUGGAAGAAAGAUAGUUUACAACUAUCUUGUGUACAUCAGACAACUUGUGAAAGUGGUGCAAAUACAUUCAUUCUUGUGGUGAAGAAACAGCCUAGUUGUACCAGAAUGUCUAAAACUUCAGAAGUUGGGCUUCGGCUCUGCUUUCUCAACAGUCAAAGUGUUCUAUGCUUUGCUGCUCCACCACUGCACUGUCUCAGCAAAAUACUCUCAGCUGAAUUGGUUUGUAUAAUAUCUGAAAUGUGCCCAAGUGCAUCGUCUUUAAUCUUUAAAGUAUGAAUUAAAUAUGUUUUUAAAAUCA